UUCGCCAGUUUUCGCCGCGAGUUCCAAAUCGAUUUUUAGUGACAUUUCCCAUGUACACACGAUAAAAUUUCUAUUUUUCUCCCAUUUUCACCAAUUCAAGAAAUAUUUUAGUUUUUUUAGUGAAUCGUGACAAAAGUACAAAUUCUCAUAUGAAAAUGCAAUGGAUAAAUGAAGCAGUAUGAUGGAAAUUGGGGUUGGCCAAUUUCAACAAAUAUACUCGGUAUUUUUUCCUGACCCAGCACUUACAUCCAAUCCUCAGCAAUGAGUGACAUGAAGGUGGAGGAGAAUCGUCUAAGGACCUUCAUGAGGUGGCCCAGUGAUGCCCCCGUGAGUCCUGAGAGAAUAGCCAAGGCAGGCUUCUUUGCAACUGGAAAUGCUCUUGAGGUUCAAUGUCCUUGGUGUGAGAAGAGAAUAACUGCCUGGGAUUAUGGGGACCAAGUGAUUGUUCGACACAGACGUCUGGAUCCACUUUGUACAUUCGUUAUUAAUCCCAAUGAAUCUGGAAAUAUCCCAAGAGCUAGUUCGACAUCAAGUACAGUGGUAGAUGAUUGGAAGAACGAAGAAGUUCGUCUGAGGAGUUUUAGCAAGUGGCCCGUGUCCUUUGUGUCGCCAACAUCACUGGCCAAGGCGGGCUUCUACUUCUUCAAUCUCGAAGACAGAGUUAGGUGUGCCUGGUGUCAGGGAGUCGUGGGACAAUGGGAAGAGGGCGAUGAUCCUUUUGUUGUGCAUCAGCGCUUCUUUCCAGCUUGUCCACGGGCCGUUUUGGGACCCAAUAUUGACAUUCCAGCAGGAGAGAGGAUUUCAGAACUUGGCAUCCAGACUACUCGUCCUCCCAGGAUGCCCAAGUAUUCAUCCCUCGAUGCUCGUCUGAGAACUUUUGCACAAUGGCCCGUGCCGGAAAUUCAGCGUGGAGAUGUCCUGGCCCAAGCAGGAUUUUACUAUCAAGGAAAUCAGGAUCAGGUGCGCUGUUUUCAGUGCGAUGGCGGGCUCAAAUGCUGGCUGGCAGAUGAUGAUCCUUGGUGUGAGCACGCCAGAUGGUUUCCUAAGUGUCAGUUUGUGCAGCUAAUGAAAGGUCAAGCCUAUAUUGAAAGUGUCCAGAGGUCGGCUGGUUCGGCGAAACAGGAGGCAGGCAACAGAACAGGCCGGCCGGAGCCAAUGAUGACCCUGGAGGAGGCAAUGUCAACAGAACCUGUUCGGCAGACUCUGCAAAUGGGUUUGCACGAGGGACGCAUUAGGGCAGCGACUAAGCUGCAACUGGAGCAUCGAGGACGUCCCUUUGACACAGCAGAUGAUCUUGUUCGAGCCGUUCUUGGUGGCCAGGUGUACAAUGAGGUGGAUCUCGAUGACUUGGAGGCAUCAAAUAAUUCCAAUGUCAUCGUGAGACGCGUCUCGGACAUUAUUGGCUAUCUGGUUAAUAGCACCACAAACAAGUUCAAUCAAACACCUGCAAGGGAUCCAGCGGCAUCUUCAAGUGAAGAGAAGUCGCGGGAUGUUGAUUGCAGCACCAGUGAAGUUCCUGCAGCCUCAUCGAAGGACCCUCAAAGUCUCGAAGAGGAAAAUCGCAAGCUGAAAGAUGCUAGAUUGUGCAAAAUCUGCAUGGAUGAAGAAAUAUCCAUUGUUUUCUUGCCCUGUGCACAUCUCGCGAGUUGUGGUCAAUGUGCUUCCGGAGUCUCCCACUGUCCCCUCUGUCGAUCUGUUAUCAAUGGACGUGUCCGCAUUUUCCUGUCUUAAUGGUAUGAAGAACAUUGCAAAAAAUAUCUACUUGGAUGUUUUAAAAUGUAAUAUUUUUUUUCCCUGUAACUUAAUAGUGAAUUAAAUUUACGACACCUUUGUGGAA